CAUUUUGGGAAGGUUGUAUCUAUUUAGCAUUUUGCUCGAAGACUUUAAACAGAACGAAUCAAUCCUCAGAAUAAUGACGUAGUACAUAACAUUUUUGUGAUUAAUCGUGAUUUUUAGUGAAUCUGUUUAAAAUAUAAGUGCAUUUAAUAAGUUUGAUCUGGAUGAUUUUUUCUGGCUAUAUAUAAUUAUAUAUUUGUGUGUUAAAAAUGAAUAUAGCCGAUCUUCCAGAAUCCAGAAAGUUUAUGGAGCGAAUUAACACGUGGUUUUACAAAACGAAGGAAAGGAAUCCCACUACGAAUGUUCGAGAUAUUUUAAAAAAUUUAAAUGUUUUAUCCGAUCACAUACAAUUGAAUUCAGUAAUGGAUUCAAAUCUUUGUAUUUUGUACGACGUCACAAACAUGUUAAUUCAGCAAAUUUGCAAUUCCGAUGCAAAUGCGCAAUUUUCGGCCUGCAACAUCAUUAGCCAAUCUUGUACAAAUAUUAACGAAAUUGGAAAGCCCUAUCUGAAAAAUGAGCCUUUGCUUUUGAGUGCUUCAAAAUAUAAAUCACUUGAUACUUUGGCCGGUUGUUUCACUUCAGUCGAGUCUGCUGGUUCCAUGUGCAAGUCAAGAACUGAUGAUUCUUUCAAGAAUCUUCAGAAUAAAGAAAAUGUUCCUAUUAGCCCCAUGGCGAUAGACUAUGAGCCAAAACCAGUUACGGGCCGUAAAUCUCUGCCAGCAAAAGCGUUGUCAUCAUUAAGUCCACAAAUUAAAGAAACUGAGAAAGAAACAGAGCUGAAGGAAAAAUUGCAAAGACAAUUGACUUGGGAACGAGAAACACCAUUUUUGCAAGCUACAUCAAGUCCGAUAGCUAGCAUUACAGAUGGAUUAGGCCAAAUCAGCCUGGACGAAAUGAACUGCGACGCUAUAAUGAAACUAUGUAAAGACACGAGGACCAACAUGGACAAAAUUGAAAAACUUUUGAAGAAAUCUUUAAAUAAAACUCACAAUUUGUCCAAUCCUUCGUUCCUUAACAAUACAUCAAGUACAGCAGCUCGAAAAUUAGCCUCACCAACUCCUCGGUUAGCCAGAGGCGCAGUGGGGCGAUUUUCUUUAGGAGCCGCAAGGCUGCCGACUGCUAGGAAGUCCCUUACCUCCAAAAUUUCGGGCGUUGCCAUCCGUAAUAAUCAAGCUAAAGGAGCAGAAGGUGCGUCCUCAGUUCUCCAAAAUGCUAGCAGAAACAUAAUGACGGCCCGACGAAAAAUUUCAUCUUUGACUUCACUGAAAGAUCCUAAUUCAGCAAAUAAUAAUAAUUUGAAAUAUAAACCAACCGGCAAAGGGAAUAUCGUUUCCAAUAUACCUGGUCCACGUACUUCAAGCCCAGCCCAGCGAACUCUAUUGAAAAAAUAAUAGAUAUUGUUACAUAUAAUUGA